AUGAGGUUUGAUGGUGACGUCCUCGACUACCUGGUUGCAAGACUCGCCCAGAAGCCUGAGGGGGAAAGCAUUGGCAAGAAAGUCAAAAGCAGCCCUGCAGGCUCUUUCUCAGAAGCGGAUCCCCAGCCAGAAGUUCAACGCGGCUCGGACUUUGCACUCGGACUAAACGAAAAGUCAAGCCCAGAAUUCUGGAGUCAUUAUUCGAGAUCCAAAGGGCUAGAGCCCGACGAAGUGGGCGUGGUGCCGGGUUGCCGAUGGAUUCCAAGGCCCAUGCUUCUCGUGGCCCUGUUCAGUCGUGCAUACGGGAUGAGGUCACAUUAUUGGCACCCGGCACUCAGCCACUCUGAGUGCGGGGAAACCCUCGUCGCAACUUUUCAAGCGAAUUUGUGGAUCAAUCGGCUCAGGUUAUUGCAAGAUGUCUGCUCCCGAAACCGGAUCACGCGCAAGGCCGAAACUAUGAUGAGCGCUUAG